UCUUUUCCUUUUUCCCCUCUUCACUCUCAGUUUCAGUCUCGCUUUCUGAGAAGAGCGCCAAAUUAGGGUUAGGUUAGGGUUUAACCAUUCCUACACUCAAUCGUCAAUCUCUUCCAAAUUCCAAUCCCAAUCGCAAUGGAUCCGACUAAGAAGCGCAAGCUUGAUGAGAAUGGUUUCGGUGAUUCCGACCCGCUUAAACUCUCUUCCACCGAGGCGCGCAAACUCAUCGAGCGCUUCACCCCGGAGCAGCUUCUCGACAUCCUUCAGGACGCGGUGGCUCGCCACGCUGACGUGCUUGCCUCCGUGCGUGCUGUCGCGGACCCCGAUGUGUCGCAGCGGAAACUAUUCGUGCGCGGCCUUGGGUGGGACACCACCACAGACGGCCUCCGCUCACUCUUCUCCACCUACGGUGAGCUUGAGGAGGCUGUUGUGAUCGUUGACAAGGUAACCGGAAAGUCCAAGGGCUACGGCUUUGUCACCUUCCGCCACGUGGACGGUGCUCUCCUCGCCCUCCGCGAACCAAGCAAGCGCAUUGACGGGCGCGUGACCGUCACGCAGCUCGCUGCAGCGGGGAACUCCGCUUCGAAUGCCAACGCAGCCGAUGUUGGGCUCAGGAAGAUCUACGUUGCCAACGUGCCGCCUGACCUUCCAGCGGACAAGCUCCUUGCGCAUUUUUCUGUGUAUGGUGAGAUCGAAGAGGGACCCUUAGGGUUUGAUAAACAAACUGGAAAAUCAAAGGGGUUUGCGCUUUUUGUUUAUAAGACUCCUGAAGGGGCUCAAGCUGCGUUAUUAGAUCCUGUCAAGACUGUGGAAGGAAGGCAAUUGAGUUGUAAACUGGCGAUAACGGAUGGUAAGCAAGGGAAGCGAGCCGGACCAGAUUCGGGUCAGGCCCAUGGGAAUGUUCAGCACGGUCAUGGGGAUGGAGUCGGGGCUGGAAUGGGGAUGCCUCCUGCAGCGGGGUCUGGGCCGGGGCAGUAUGGCGGCCCGCAAUAUGGGGGACCGGUUGGGUUGGGUUCGUAUGGUGGGUUUGGUGGACAACCUCCGUUAGGUAACCAUAAUCAUCCUCUGAAUUCAUCCAAUCCCGUACCCGGUUCUAUGGCGGGUGCUGGUGGUUAUGGUGCUGGGAUGGGUGGGCCUUAUGGUGGAUACGGUGGGCCGGGCUCUGCGGGAUUUGGUGCUGCGGGUGGGUUAGGAGGGGCUGGUGGAGGUGCUGGUGUUGGUGGUGGGCUUGGAGGAGCAAGUGGUGGUGCUGGUUCUUUGUAUAGAUUGCCUGGUUCUGGUGGCAUGCCUGCAGGUGGUGGAGGGUAUCCGGAGGGUGGUCAUUAUGGUUUAUCAGGUUCGGCUGGAUACCAGAACCAGCAUCAUCCUCCUUCUGGUGCUUCUCCAGUGCCUAGAGUUCCACCUGGUUCGAUGUACCCCAGUGUGCCUCCUUACUACUAAAGAGUUGAUGACGAUGGCCUUAGCAUCAUGUUCUGUGUAUUAGCACGAGAUUGCUGAUUGCUAAUGUAGAGACUGGAUGAGGAACAUACUAUUUUGCACUCUUUACUUUAGCCCGACAUUUUGUUUAUAAGAACAACGAAGCUUGAGAUUGAUGAAAAUCGUUGCUUCCCUAUGAAUUUUGCUAUUCUCUUUGUACUAUAUUCCUUUAGUAUAUGGUUUGGCAAACAAUGAAUUCUGAAAUAUUAGAUGAUAAGAGUGCCAUAAAGCGUUUGCCUUGACAAUGGUCAUGAAUUAAACGUGUGCGCAGGCUUAACUUGCAUUUGCACCGAAUACAAUGCUAUCCUAAAUAGACAAGGAUGACAUCUCUCAAUUUAUGGUAGCAGUCUGAUAUUUUGGACAUGGAUUAUGAAUCCAUUCUUUGCUUUCUAUAGCCAAUUAUUUUGAUUCUUCUGUUCUACAACCUUUCCUUUCUAAUUAUGCUGUAGCGUGCAUAGUUUCACAUUUGUGAGUUUGUUUGAUACUUAUUUGCUUUAUAUAUUCUUACUAAUUUAAUGUGUUGCUUUUUACUCUAUCCUCACCACUUUGGGUGGCGCUUGCUUUAUCGAAUCUUGGGUGAUGCUUACUUUGUAGAAUCUUAUACGUUGUGUUUCUCAGAUAUCGGUACUUCAUAAAAAAAAAUUAACCAUCCAUUUUGUGCGGCAGAUUAAUGAAUAUGUUUCGAAACAUAAGCCAGAUUCACUUAUUUCGAAUUUCAUCUUUAUUUUUUCUGUCAUUAUGUACUGAUGCCUGAUUAUUCUCAGCCCUUUUAUCUUGUUAUUCGGGUUCAUUUGCGUUGAACUGAAAAACGUCUAUAUCAUAGUAAUCUUCUAAACCUGUGCAGAUGUGUUAUUUUUAAUAUUGAAUUUAGUUUUAUAGAUUUGAAUAUAUUUUGUGUAUUGAGAGAACCCCUAAACAGAACAAAUAAGUGGGUCUGUACUAAUCACUGUCAUUGGCUGUAUUUCUGGUAAAAUGUUGCUCCACUCGACAUGUUGGUUGCGUACAUCUGGUUGGUUGAACGUGAUGUGGCGGAGCUUAACUGAUUAAAUAAAGUAAGAAACAUUGGUCCCGUUUGAAUCUUCAAACGUGGUUGGCAUGGAAGAAUUGAGAAUGCGAUUGCAGACUUGUGGUAGCAGAGGGGUAUACGUGCACUAUGAAUGGGCCCUGCAAUUUCUGACAUCUGAUGCCUGUACCUUUCACUCAGUUUCGUCUUAACUAUUAUAAGUUUCUUUUUACGUAAUAUUUUCAAGCUAUUAAUAGAAUUAAUCAGUAUUGCCACGUUUUAUGACGUUUGAGAGAUGAAGUUAUGUAUGGUUGGCUCAAUUAUUGCAGUUGCUUUUUUUGUAUAUUUUAAAAUUAUGUACUCAGCAUUGUGCCUGUGGGAUUUAACUUUUUAAAUUAAAAUCCGUUAUUUCAAUAUGUAAGUUAUUUUUAUGAGACAAAAUGUAAAUGUUGGAACUUUAUGAAAAUAA